CCUCCGCGCGCUGUCCCGCUCCUCCGCUGAGCCUCGCUGUCUGGAUCUAUGCUGGAGCUCCUACUCGGGCUGUGCGCCCUGCGCCAAGAGCCCGCAGCUCGCAGAGACUGAACCCCCUCAUUUCGUGUCGCUUUGCUCUGGUUUUUUUUUUUUUUUUGCCCCUUGUUCCACUUCUUGUACGGGCUUUUUCCUCCUCCUGUUUGGAUACCGCUUACUGAGGCAUUGGAUAUGUGCACACAGGAUGAUGACAAUCCAUUUCCUCCCCGUAGAAGUAAAAUAAAAUAGGCUUUCGCACACACUGGAUUUACUCCUGUCGUUCCAUAUGAAGAAGUCAAAAAGUUGGAUACACGUCUGUGUCCGUUUCCUGCUGUUCAUCACGCUUGGGGUACAUUCAGAUACACUUGACGUCAACCCAGUGACCGAUGACAUCUCUAAACUCUCUGUUUUGAAACAGAAUAUUCCAAGAGAUUACAAAAUUCCAGUACACUUCAUUCCAAAACAAGAGGGUGGGAUGUGUUGGGUAACAUUGAACGUCUUCUACUUGGAGGAGAGUUUACAAGGUUUAGCCAAUAAGUUUGGAAAUAUUUCAUCCAACAGAAAUGACAUUAGUAUAGUAAUCCAAAUACUGCAAGAACUGCGGCUCAGAAUGGGCGGUUCAGUGGAGCAGAUCAUGUACGAGUUCGAGUGCCACUACAGGAGGGAGAGGUGGCAGACAGAGAGAUACUUUGACUUUGUCAAAGACUUCCUCACAGCUGCACAGAAUAAAGCAGAUUCAGAUGACUGUGAUCCUCCUCCCUGUCCCACCACACCAUACACAGUAACAGAAGAGUACACACAAGGGUUAACCACUCCCAGCAGUAAAGGGCCAGAGUGUUUAUCGGACUGCUCAUCACAUACACAGCCAAGACUUCUUCCUGAGGUGGUGGAGCAGAGCCUUCUCUCCUUACUCUUUAUUCCAAUCCUCGCCCUCGUUUUCCUGCUGGUGUGGAAGGUCAGAUCACGAAGGAGCGAGGAAGAUUCUCAACAGAACUCUGGAGAGAGAGGACAAUUCACAGGAACAGAAGGGACGGCACCUCCGCUAGAUGCUGAAACAUCAGAAAAAAACAUGCUGACCAUCGCUGAGACCGUGUAAAGUCCUUGAUCAGCCUAAUCAGACUCUUUCCUCUCUCUUUUGGUGUCCAACGGUGAAAAACACUCCUGAAACAGAGGUGAAUGGCCCGUUCUGGACUGCUCUCCAGAUUCACGGUGGCAAAGUAACAGUCGCCAUCACCACAAGUCCUCUGGUUAUAUGUCUCCUGAUACUGUUUGGACGCUUGCCUUUCUUAUAAGACUGUAUUAACCCCCAUGCUUUCAAAAAGAGUUUAGCUGAUAGCCAACGUCCCCCCUUCCACCUCCCCACCCCCACCCCGGAUUCUCCGGCCGCCACUGAUCAUCCAUCAGAACCGUCUGGGGAAAAACGGGGCACGUUUCUCCGGGUCUGCCUGACUUUUAGGGCCCACCACUGUAUCUUCAGAGAGAACAAAGCAGCGAGUAAGUGAUGCCUUUUGCGACAUCUUUUACUGACCUGAGGCGUGAAUUACUACCUCUGAUGACCCUCAUGUUGACCGUAUCCUCAGCAGCUCCCUAGUUUGGUCCGAGUCCGGGCGUUUCCAAAGAAAAUGGUGUUAAGCGUGGUAGUUCCCGGGUGUGAUCACGUUGUCUUGACAGGUAUGAACCCAUAGAGGUGUGUGAUGUAUUUAUUUAUUGGUGGUAGCGCUCGCCUGCUGCUCAUCUUACAGUUGAAGUGUUUCAGGCAAUCAUGUAAGAGCACCUUUACUAACAGGUCACGUUUAAAGACCGAUCUGUGUACUAACACAUUGUAACCCCCCCCCCAUUAAAAAAACCUCACCAUGCUCCAGAAUAAACAUUUGUAGAUUGUUGUUGGCUUAUGCAACUUGGAUGAUUUAGAAUGUGUGAAUUGAUUACAAAGAGAAAAGACAUAUAUAUUUAUAAUAAAACGUGCUGCUUUGACUAACUUCCACUGAGAUGAUAGAAAUCUGCAGCGACAUUCUGCUCAUGAGCAUCAGGGAUGACUGCUGUGGAUCCACUUUCUUUUGUAACUCCAAGUGCAGACAUCAGGCACGCAGGCGACGAGGAUGAGCCUCCCAAUCCCUGAGCCUCCCGAUCCCAGGUCCUUCCCGA